CUGGAACACCACCACUACCACUCUCACAGUCUCACUCUCUCUCGCUCGCAACAAGUUUUUCUCUCUCUCUAAAAUGAAAACCAGCGCAAGGCUGAUCGUCCUCCACCCUUCAGUACACAAGCAUGGAGGAGCUUCUCAUCGUAUUUGGCUCCUCCUCUUCGUCUCCUUCUUCACUUUUGCCUUUAUUUUCACUCUCUUCACCACCAGAGACUCCAUUACCACCACCACAAGAACCACCACUAGCGCCGCCGCAGCCUCCUCCAACUCCAGACUACCAAAACCCGUCUUCGACGCCCUUCUCCACUACGCCGCCACCUCCAACUCCACCGCCACUGCCGACCGGUUAUCCUCCGCUGAGCUCAAAUCCAUCGCCGCCGUCCUCCGCCGCUGCCCCACCACCCCCUCCUGCAACUUCCUCGUCUUCGGCCUAACCCACGAAACCCUCCUCUGGAACUCCCUCAACCACAAAGGCCGAACAGUCUUCAUCGACGAAAGCUCAUACCUAAUCACAAAACUCGAAGAGAAACACCCACAAAUCGAAGCCUACGAUCUUCAAUUCACAACCAAAGUGAGCGAUCUCUACAACCUAAUCGACUACGCCAGAGAACAGAUUCGAAACAAGUGCAGACCCGUACAGAACCUCCUCUUCUCCGACUGUAAAUUAGCCAUUAACGACCUCCCAAACCAUAUCUACGAAGUCGAUUGGGACGUGAUUUUGGUGGACGGUCCUCGUGGGUACUUCGCGGCGGCGCCGGGGAGAAUGGGGGCGAUAUUCACAGCCGGAGUGCUGGCGAGGAGCAAGAGAGGCGGUGGCGGAGCCAAAACCCAUGUAUUCGUGCACGAGAUCGAUAGGGAGGUAGAGAGAGUUUGCAGUAAUGAGUUUUUGUGCAGAGACAACUUGGUUGAGUCCAAAGGUUCAUUGGGACAUUUUGUAGUGGAAAAGAUGGAUGAGAAUAGCUUUGAGUUCUGCCCAAACUCAUCAUCGUCUCCAUCAUCGAUAUCAUCAUGGGCGGAUGAUUAAAGUUUAGAAUAGGAUUUGUGAUCAUAUUUUCUGUUUUUUUUUUUUUAAUUUUAAAUUUUUUAAUUUGUAGUGUGUGUGAUUAAAAUAGGAUUUGGGUUUUGAAAUUUUAGCCGUGAUCGGUCCAUAGAAAACAGGUGGGAAAGCAGAUUAAAGUUAAUUGUAUCUGCUUUUAUUAAAGUAAAGAUAAUUUGCUGUAAUUUUCUCUCCAACUAAACAGUGGAAAAGAAGUGCGUGUCGGUGGCCAGCGGACGUUACGGAAAGCUAGAAGUGGGGGCUUCAAUCGAGUCAAGAGUCUCUCCUUGCAAGCCCGUGCUUGCGUCCGUCCUUGCAGGCCUUCGGGUCUACUUUUAGGCUCAAUUUUGAUAAUCCGAACCGUUCAUAUUUUAUGAUUUAUUCAGUAUAUCAUACCUGUAAAAAAUCAAGUUGAUCGGAUAUC